CCUUCAUGCUUAACACACUUUCUGCUCUCUUGUUUUCUGGUAUGGUAAUUGAAACCUUCUCGCUACGUCGGCACAAAAGCCAUGCCCCUAGAUCUCAAAAAUAAUUAAUAAUUCUAACUAAAUACAAAUUAAAAUAAUUCUAUAUUUUAUUUGAGAAUUAUUAUCCCUUGUAGCCCGUAACAAACCCCUAAUAGUGUUUCCUUAUUAUGGUAAUUCUAGCUGAAACCUUCCCGCUAUGCCAGCACAUAAGACCUUCCCAUAGAUCUCGUCACUUGAACACCAUUGUCUCUCUGUUUGUUGUCUUCCCCAGACACAUAUAGCUCCGAAUUCCACCUCUAUCACCUCUUUGUUUACCUCUUUCUUCCAACAAUAUCCCUCCAUAAAGUGAUCUUUCAUUUCCAACCCCAAAAUCCUUUCUAUAAUUCCCAAAUCUAUCACAUUCUUUGUCAUUAAGGUUCACACUUUACAUCCAUCAUAUGCACAUUCCAUUUUUAUAAAGAUCUUCUUGUUUUCUUAGAUUCAAGAAUGUCACAGGUGAAACCUCUGAAGAAGCCACCAGGCUUCAAAGAUCCUACAAUUCCAAUUCAAAUGCCACCCAGAAAAGUUAACCUUCCACCGUCGUUCUACCCACAAAAGAGAAAAAGCAGAACUUGCUGUUGCAGCUGUUGUUGUCUUUGCGUUUUAAUUAUACUAAUCUUGUUACUUAUUUUAGUAGCUGGUUGUGGUUUCCUCUACCUAUGGUUUGGACCAAAACUCCCUGUUUUCCAUUUAAGAUCCCUUGAGUUUACCCAAUUCAAUGUCACUGAAACUCAAGAUGGGCCAAAACUGAAUGCGCAAUCAGCAGUUAAGGUAAAGCUGAAAAACCCAAACAGGGAGUUGAAGAUUGUAUAUGGUGAAACAAGAAUAGAAUUGAAAGGAGAAAACGACGUAAAUAUGGGGGAAGCAAAAGUUGUUGGUUUUGUCCAGGAGAAGAAGAAUGUUAAGGUUGUUAAAUUCAUUAUGAAAUCACAUGAGAUGUUAUAUGGUGGCAGUAUUGGGAAAGUUAUGAAGAUUGGAUUCAAGAAUAAGAAUUUGAGAGUUUCAGCUGAUGUUAGUACUGCUAUUGGUAUUGGAUAUAAGGAGUGGAAGAGUUGGAAAAUUGGUGUUAGAGUUUCUUGUGGAUCUUUGAAGUUAAAGCAGAUUGAAGAUGGUGGUACACCCAAAUGUAGCAUUACCCUGUUUAAUUGGUUUCAUUUAAAUUGAUUGAUUCAAGGCAUAUUCACAAAUAUAUAACUGAGAGAAAGGAACAAAAGGCAUUUAUCUUGCCUCAGGAAGAGAUGAAUAUCGAAAUCUAAUUGUGCCUAAAUUCAUAAAUAAGUCCAUAUUCCUAUACAACCAUUUAGAUAAAAAAUCUCAUCUAAGUUAAUUUGAGAAGUUCCAUCUUAUAGCUGGUGUUUUAUAGUUGGUAGUAGUAGCUGGAGUUGCAAGUAUACCAUGCACCUGUAUAGCACAGAUGUUGGAGCAGGGAAAGGAUGAAAGAGUAUAUACAAGUAUAACAGUAAUAACAUCAUAGAUAAGAGGUACAUUUACUUAUAAAGGCACUGGUUAUUUCUGCCAUGUGGGACCAUGUACAAAGUUUUUGAAAAUGUGAAAAUAGACAAUCGCAUCUCUUCGAUUAUUUUGUUUAUUUGCUCCAAA